AUGGUGUUCCUUAGUGGAAUACAAGCCAAUCAGCUACGAAUCUAUGACAAUCCAAUGAACAAUCGAGCGAUCGAUUUGUUUAUCUUAGUCGAUGAGACCACUUCACGGUUAACUCCAGUACAAUUUGGGCAAAUAAAAAUUACUGUGAAAAAUAUCGUUACUGAUUUGCAACCGGGAAGCUCGACACCUUACUUUGGCGUUUACUUCUAUGGAUCUACAUCAUCAGUUGAUACAGUCGUGCCGUUUGGCUCUAAUUCUGCCACGACUGUUUCUAAGAAUGUUGAUUUGAAGCAAUAUACAGCGACACAAUUAAAUCCAUCAAGUCUUAGUGCAGCUCUAGACUCGGUUAAUGCAGCAUGUCAUACGUCUUGCCGGGAAAAGAUUUCACGAGUGACGGUUAUAUUCACCUCAUCACCAGAUCUAGCUGCUGAAGCACGUAUUCGUCAAUUAGAAGACAAUUUUGGCAUGACUGUCAUCAUUGUUGGCAUCGGUUCAGGAAUUACUACAUCUGUUUUACAAAAAUUAGCAUCGCAUCCCACUGAUGAAUACGGUCUUCCAUUCAGUAGUUUCACAGAAUUAAUUGUUUCCACUUCAUUGAUUAGUUUUCUCAUUUCCAAUGUGCCACGUGUAGUCUCAGUUGGUGAACAGUUGUCACUCACAUCCACCGUCGCGGGUGCCUACUAUACAGUACAAGUAAAUACCAAAGCAUUCAUCCGAACAAAUGAUACCGUCGUUACUUUUACGACGAAUUGCAUAGAAUGCUUAGUUUAUUCCUCUUUAUCUAAAACCAAUCCAACCAAUGCUAAUGCAAUUGCAACUACCAAUCCCCAAUAUUUCUAUGCACCUGGUUAUACUUAUCCGGUUUAUUACUUUCGUAUUCCACAGAACACAAAUCGAUUCUAUUUUAGUUUUCUUGGUACUGGCAUGACAUCUGUUACAGGUAUAUUCAAUGUCUUUGAUAUGCCUCAAAUGAUGACCUUUUGA